AUUACUUUAAACAUAGAUGAAAGUACUGUUGAGAUUCAAAUUGGUUACAUCAUAUCUAUUAUAUCCGAAUCAAAAUAUUUCUGAACAACUUUCAAUGCUUUAUUUACCUGUUACAUUAAUUAUAAUAUACAAGAAAGAUGAAAUUUAAAAAAUUAUAACUAUUCGCAGAUACUCACUGUAUAGGUUAGGUAGCCGGGAAUAACAGUGGUAUAGGUACGUACACGUUACUGCAGGCUAUAGGUUAUCUUUUUCAAUUUUGUUACUAUUUAGUUAUCAUGAUAAGAAUAUCAUCGAUAUGUACGAAAAAGUUAAAACAAUUUUCACAAAGUGCAACUCCCACUAAAAGAAAGAGAAUAGAUAAAUUAAUAAUUGAAUUCUGUAAUUAUUCAUCACUUCCUAUAACAAGAAAUACGCCAUCGAUAUCAAACGCAAUAGAAAAUGUAAGAGUAAACACGAAAUUUGAAGAAAUGGAAAACUGUUUGAAAACGCAAGAGUGGAUGAAGAAAAGUCAUAUCGAAAAUAUUUUGGAAUACAUAUACACCGCAGAUAAUAUAAAAAGUUUCCAAGCGCUUACAUUGCUUCAGUGGUGUAACAUUGCAAUGGAUUGUUUGCCAGCGGAGAGACUUAAGCUUGGAAUAAGUAUAUGGAAUUACUUAUCUAUAUGCAAGUUCAAAAUGAGUUCGUCUCAUUACAAUACACUUCUUCAAAUAUAUAUACAAAACGAUCAUGAUUUCUCGCCUAUGGAAAUUUUAAAGGAAAUGAAUCAGAAAAAAAUUAAUCCAAAUAGUAUCACGUAUCAAAAGUGCAUAGAAUAUUAUUGUAUGAAAGGACAUAUUAAUUCUGCAUUAGAGCUUAUUAAACAUACGGAAGAACAAAAAUUUGUUUUAGACGAGGCUAUUUAUAAUUCAUUAAUAAAUGGAUAUUCUCAAAUUAACGAUAUAGAAAAUGCAACUAAAACUCUAAUCACCAUGAAAAAGAAUAAAAUUAAAGCAUCUUCGGAGACGUAUACCGCUUUGAUAAAUUUCUAUGCUAGAAAUAACAAUAUUGAUAAAAUUAUAGAAAUAAUUGAUACUUGUAAAAUAAACAAUAUUCAUUUUUCUAAUAAGAAUAUUUUGAAUGUGAUUUAUGUGUUGGUAGUAAACAAUCACACGAAAGAUAUCGACAAAAUGUAUCAAUAUAUGAACACAUCGACGGCUUUUUCUUAUGACGAAUUUUAUUUUAUAUUGAAAUUAAUAAAUAGUAAUCAAAUGGAUGUAGUUCUAAAUAUACUUCCAUACAUCAAAAACAUUACAAUUAUAGAGUUAAUUUUACAAAAUAUGGUUUACAGCGAUACGACAAUUGAUCAUAUUGUUCACGUGUGUACAUUCUUAGAGAAUGAAAGAAUGUAUAAAAAGCCUUUACUACAGACACUCUAUUAUUCAUAUCUUAAAGAUGACGAUCAUCUGUGUCUACCUUUGCUUAUAAUGUGUAAACAUCGUUAUAUAAUAAAACCACAUUAUUUUUGGCCCCUUUUAAUGAAAAAAGCACAAAUCUAUGAUUUGAAAGGUAUUUUAAUUAUUCUUGAGAGUAUGAGCAAGGUAUUCAAUGUAUCACCCUGUAUCGAUACUGUUACCAAUUACGUUUUACCAUUUACUUUUGGAACUAUACCCGAAGUAAGAAAGAUGUUACAUUUCUAUGGCUUAAAUACAAUAAUUAUUGAUAAUGCUUAUGUUUUAUUCCUGUUACAAAGGUUUAAACUUAAGCGAGCUGCCAAAUAUAUGCAAUAUUAUCCGAAUUAUUAUUCAUAUACGACAGUUGAACAUGAACUUAGGCAAACUUUAAUUAUUACAAAUGAUAUAAUUUGUUUUGUACAUAUCAGUAAUAAUCUAGUAGACGACACGUCUACAAAUUUAAUGACAAUGUACGAUAAAAAAGCAAAUAUAUCAGCACAUACUGUAUCUAUGGAAAAACAAUUGUUAGACUUCAUGAUCAAUUAUCCAUUCUACAAGAAAUUGUUAGUGAAGAUAAUACUCUAUUUGGGAGACAGAAGAGUCUAUAUAUCGCAAAGUACAGCAACAAAGAUAUAUAACUUCUUAAAGGACUAUAUAGAAGUUGAUGUACGAUGCGCACUUGAAAAUAUGUCAAAUAUAAUGCGAAAGAAACAGAUAAAUUAAUUGCCAGUGAAACUAAUUCAAACAACAAAUGAAUCCAACAAGAAAGAUGUACAAUGAGAAUCUAUAAUGCUUAAAAUAACAUAAUAAUUAUGUUAUGUCAAACCAACAUAAGCACCAGACGUGAAUCCAAAUAUGGAAGAAUAAAAUGCAAAUGUUGCAAAAGAUGUACAUACUGUACUAAGAAUUGUAGCUGUAAAUGUUAACAAAUUAAACUCCGUG